AACUUAUCCUCAGAAAUGAAAUCGAAACUUAAGUCGUGUUAUUGCGCUUAUCGUAUUGUUUCCCUUUCCUUACACGACUCAUGGUGCAAUAGUCAGCAACGCGCUUUUUACCCCCCUGCCUACAACAUAAAUAAGCGAGCUGGAGAUUUUACUGUAGACGCUACAGCAAGGACCUCUCCUCCUCAAAGCGGAAGAAACAACUGCGCGUUGGAUAACACUUUUGCCGUUUCAUUAAACAAGAUCAUCUUAACUAUUUCUGAUCGACAACGGGUUCCGUGCUUACUUAACUUAUUUACGAUAUGAUUUGUGAAUUGGAAUUGCUUUUAAAUUACACAUGCUCUGCUGAAACUGGCCUUCCCUGACCUUCCACCAGGUCUGCUCUUUGUGCUAGAGGACGCACACUCUCACAGAAGUUGCACCUCAAGCUGCACCGGCCCCCUUCACGCUCCACCCCUGCGCUAUGAGCAGAGGUAGAGGAGGGCCCUACAGAGAACAGUACCACCGGCAUCCUCCACCUGACUUCCAGGCUAAGGACAAUUACUACAGGCCUGGCCCAGUCUCCUUUUACCCUAGAGCUGGCCCACAGCAGAGCCCAUACUCGAGUUACUACAACAGCCCUCCUCGUCCUGUAGGGCCCACACAGCCGCCCCCAGCUCAUCUCAUCCCCCCUGCUCCCCCCUUAUCAAAGCAAAAUAAAGUCACCCCUAAACCAGACGUCCCUAACAGCUCACAUUAUCAGAAUCACAGCCCCAGUCCUUGUCCCAAUUCCUUUCAGUACCAACAGGCAGAGUUUCUGAGAGGACACAGCUCUGAGGCGCCACAGUUCAGAGCCAAUCCGCGUGGAGGAGGAGGAGGCGGAGUCACAUCUGACAGGUGGCCUAAUUGUUCAUACCAGCCCCAGUCAGGUUACAACAGAUAUCCAUACCCUAACAGCAGCCCAAGAGGUAGAGGGGCGUACAGUCAGGAUCAGAGGUCUGUAUACCCAGGAGCCCCGAGAGGCACCCCAGGUCCUCGACACCCGAAUCCUAACCAGUUACAAGCGCAGAAGCACAACCAAUACUCAUGCCGUUUUCAAGCAGACUCGUUGUGUGACGAUUUACAGAAUCUAUCCCUUCAUCGAGAAUCUCCCAACAGAGGAGGAGAGAGGUUUGUCAGACAUUCUGCAUCGAGCAGCUCAGCAAGUUCAAGCUCGACAAAAGUUAACAUCACUCUAACUUCUGACAUCCAGGACCAAGUUUACAGGGCUUUGGCUGCUUUGAAGCCGAACGACUGUAUCUGUGCAAAAUUGUUGGGCAAACAACUGCGUCUGCCUAAAAAGAUAGUGAACCAGGCUCUCUACUCUUUGGAGCGCUCUCAGAAAGUCUCAAAGCAAGGACUCCUCCCUCCCGAGUGGAGUCUUUACAGAGAGCCUCUCAGUGGCAAGGAAGAUCACAAUUAUAACGGCCAAAGUUCACCUUCCCAUCUGUGUGUUAGCCCAGGACACCCUGCAGAUCCUGAAGUCAAGGUUGAGCUAAAAACAGACACAGAAGAAAGCCGGGGACAAGAAGAAGAGGACUGUGACACAGAAUCCAUUUCUUCCUGCUCCUCCUCCUCCUCUUCAGAGUCAUCUGAGUUUGAGGAAUCCCUGUCACCAGCAAAAGGUCACCAGCAGGAGAAACAUCCCUUCUGUGCUACGAGUUCCCCUGAUCCCGAACUCUCACUUUCCGCAAUGGCCGAGCAGAAAGAGCUAAUUCUGCAGUACCUCCUCACUGUAGGGGAGGUAACUGCUCUGGUCAUAUCAAAAAAUGUGGGUCUCAGGAGUGCCAAACAGGUGAAUCCCACCCUCUUCUCGCUGGAGAAACAAGGUGAAGUCAGUAAAAACACUGAAGUUACCCCUCACACCUGGGAGCUCUCCACCCGCCGCAGAGAGAGGAUGGAAAGGAGCAUUAAAGCCGCCAUGAGCUCUCGCAAUGAGGGGGGUCAGAUGGGGAAGGAACCCGGUAGAGGAGCAAAGGGAGAAGGCUCUGGUAUUCUCCCUUCGCCUCGACUACCGCCAAUCCCAGGCCUCAAACCCAAAACAGAGGAAAGUCGCAGUGAUGGUCACACUAUCAAGUCUGAACCCUUCCUCACCCCAUCUAAAGAGCUAGAGGCAAACGAAGGACAGUGGGCCACUGACGACAUCCCCGAAUUCCUGAACGCCAUCCGCAGAGAGACAGACGCUGGGAAACUACUAGCAGAUCAUGCAAAUAACUCUGUGGGAACUGUGGCUGUGUCGCUGGCUGCUCCACCUCCCCAGAACCUGUGGGCCAAACUGCAGGAGGUGAGGCUGAAGAACCCCGUCAGUGGCCUCAUGGAGUACGCCCAGUAUCUGGGACACAACUGUGAAUUCCAGCUCCUCGACCAAUCGGGACCCUCUCACGACCCACGAUUUCGCAUGCAGGUGCUGCUUAAUGGGAGGCUGUUUCCUGUCGCAGAGGCGUCCAGUAAAAAGGUUGCGAAAAAGGACGCCGCUGCCACCACCCUGACCAUUCUCAUCGCAGAGAUGCAGAGAGGGCCGAGCACGGAACCCGAUGGAAUUACCACCAGUGUGGAUCAAGUGAUGGCCGUACUCCCAGACCCUAGUGUGCCAGCUGAAGGCACAGGCGGUUUUGGGACGACGAGUGUGGAAGGGAUGGGGACGGUGGAAGCACCUCGGCCGCCGCUGUCCCGCUCUCUGCCCGGUGGGAAGAAUCCUGUGUCUGUGCUGAUGGAAUACAGCCAGCGCAGCGAGAGCCCCAUCGAAUUCAUAAUCACCGGGCAGGCCGGCCCACCCCAUGACCCGAGGUUCAUGUACAGGGUGAAGGUCGGAGAGAGCCUGUUCCCAGAGGCCUCGGCUCCGAGCAAGAAGGCAGCCCGCCAGCUUGCUGCAGAAGAGGCCGUGAAAGAGUUAAUGGCUGACGGGAGACUGCAGCUCAACAAGCCUCAGUUGCCCCUGGGCUCCUCCAGUGAUAGCGAUGGCAGUGGGUCUGGGACUACAUGUCCCUCUUUGCCUCCUCUGACUGCAGACGAGUUGCGAGCGGCUCACGAGGCAGGGGUCGGGGACCUAAUUAACCACCUCAACAACAACGCAGUGUCAGGUCUGCUGGAGUACGCUAGAGCCCGGGGCUUUGCUGCUGAGAUCCGACUGGUGGGCCAGUCUGGGCCCCCGCACGAGCCCAAGUUUACAUAUCAGGCUAAGCUGGGCGGACGCUGGUUCCCUCCUGUCUGUGCGUCCAAUAAGAAGCAGGGAAAACAGGAAGCAGCCGAUGCCGCUCUACGGGUCCUGAUUGGAGAGGCCGAGAGGGCAGCCCGCACCGGGGAGCUAAUCCCAGCUGAGCUCCCAGUGAGUGGCAGCACUUUGCACGACCAGAUAGCGAUGUUGAGUCACCAGCGCUUCAACGCCCUGACCACACGCAUCCAGCACAGCCUUCUGGGACGCAAGAUUCUCGCCACCAUCGUCAUGAGGCGGGGGGAGGGCCUGGGGACCGUUGUCAGCCUGGGAACUGGAAAUCGCUGUGUCAAAGGGGAGGAGCUGAGCCUUAAAGGGGACACUGUUAACGAUUGCCACGCCGAGAUCAUCUCCAGAAGGGGAUUCGUUCGGUUUCUGUACAUUGAACUGAUCAAGCACUACGACGGCACAGACGACAGCAUAUUUGAGCAAGCGGAGGACAACAAACUUCGAAUCAAAUCUGACAUCACCUUCCACCUCUACAUCAGCACGGCACCUUGCGGGGACGGCGCUCUGUUUGACAAGUCAUGCAGUGAGUCAGGGGACGACGUUGAGGGUCAUCAGCCUCUCUUUGAGAAUGCUAAGCAGGGCAAGCUCCGCACCAAAGUGGAGAACGGCGAGGGCACCAUCCCGGUGGAGUCCAGUGCCAUCGUCCCCACCUGGGACGGCAUCCAGCACGGCGAGAGGCUGCGCACCAUGAGCUGCAGCGAUAAGAUCCUGCGCUGGAACGUGCUGGGCCUCCAGGGGUCGCUGCUGACCCAUUUCCUGCAUCCCAUCUACCUGAAGUCCAUCACGCUAGGCUAUCUGUACAGCCACGGGCACCUCACUCGUGCUGUCUGCUGUCGGCUGUCCAGAGACGGGGAGGCGUUCACCCAGAGCCUCCCCUCCCCCUUCAUGCUGAAUCACCCAGAGGUCGGCAGAGUGAGUGUGUACGACUCGACGCGGCACACAGGCAAGACCAAGGAGUCCAGUGUGAACUGGAGCUAUCCGGACCAGCACAGUGUGGAGGUGCUGGACGGCACCAAAGGCAAACUGGACGGAUUCAAGUCAAUUCUUAACCCAAGCAGAGAUGGAUUUACCCAGACGCUCAGUGUGCCUCCAAAACGAUUUCCAAAAAUCAACAAACUGAGCGUGUCCAGGGUCUCCAAGUCCAACCUGUUCUGUCUGUUCCGCUCCGUGUGCCAGAAGAGCGGCCGCACUGAGCUCCUCACCCUGCCCUCCUACUCCCAGGCCAAGAUGUCUGCCACGUCCUUCCAGCUAGCCAAGGAUCUUUUCUUCCGAGCUCUCAGCAGCCACGGUUACGGCGCCUGGAUCGGCAAGCCGCUAGAAGAGAAGAGCUUUGACUCCGGCGAGGAGAAUGCGAACAAUGGAUCGAGUUUACCUUUUGGGUUCGGCAGCAGUAGAAACGGAGGAGCAAUGGAGAUCAAGCAAGAGGAGGCAGUGAUGAGCACAUCAUAAAGGGGGGGGAACAUAAGUAUGUGGGGCGAGGGGGGGGGGGAGCACAGGGCAGGGGCAGAUGGGAAAGGGUGGGAUCGAAGGAAAAAGGGACAAUCAAAUGUAGCCAGCAGAAGAUACAGCCCUGUAUCUUCUGAUGGAACAUGGUGAGAGGCUGUAGAGGAGAGCGAUGGAAAGUGACAUGAAGGAGAGCACGAUGUCAUUGGCUGAAGGAUGAAGAGGUCAUAGAAGAAAGACACACCUCUCCAGACAUCCACGGGGUGUACAGAAUAAUGUCAACACUACAUGAAAAACAAAUUAGUUAAAAGUCAGUAAAUCACCGUGGUAAUCACUGCAACAAAUCUGGGUUGUAUUAGUGCAUACUGUUUAUACUUGUGGGUUAAGUUGUCAUUUUUGUUUUUAUUUUGUCAUUGUAGUGUUUGGCAUAUGCUGCCAUUGUUUUUCCACCGUUCUACUUGAGAUAUAAACUCAUUUCUGCAGGAUCUUUGACUGUUGCAAUUGCAGUAUUGACCCAGAUAAUUUGGCCUCUUGAGACCCUGGUUUGUUUUCUAAUUUGGCCACGAGAGCUCAAGUAGCUGACAAGUGCUGCUAAUUGGCAUUCAACCGAAUAUGACCCACCUUUGUAGUAGUGUUUGUAAUUGUGAUGACAUUAAUUUAGAGUUUUUAAGUAUUCUGUCAUGGAGUGCUUGUUAUAUUUUCGGCUCUGUGUUUUGCUGCAUGGAAAUACAAACAGCUGUCUCUAGAACAGAGAGCAGACGCAUCGGGACGCCCUCAGCAGGAAUCUUGAUUUUUGAAAAUUGCACUCAUCCUAGAUAGAUGUCAGUGUCACGAGUAAACUUGCAAAUGAGUCUAUGCUCUGCACAGUCCCAGCUUGUUAUGUACAUAAGAAGACUUUUGCUUUGAUCAGUGGCGAAGUAAACAUUUACUCACUAACAACAACUCUCGAUCCAGCAGGCCCCUUUAAGUAACAUUUUAACUCGCCGUACACCCUGCCCCCUGCAUCUAUCCACAUGUCGUUGCAUUGUCUCCAUUAGCGUAGCGUAGGUCAGCGCGCCCCUUUGAUCAGUCCUAUGAUUUCUCUGUGCUUAUAAAGAAUUAAUGAUGUCACGACCUCUAAGAAGUAAAAUAUCUCUGUUAUUGCUUGUGUGAUUUUUUAAGUAUUUUUCCUUUUAUAUUUUCUUCACUUCUGGCAAAGUCAGUAGCUGGCCAUGCUAGCAAAAGGCUACCAAAAUGCUCUCUAGCAUGGCCGGUUGUUGAGGACGGCUGGGUGAGGACAGUUUUGUUGUCCAAGCAGAGUGUGUUGUUGAUUUAGUUUUAUGUAGAUCGAAGGUGCAAUAUAUACAUCGGGUAUAUACAAAUACAUUUACACAGAGAUGUUACAGUGGGGGCCGAAAGCCUGAGUCCAGUUCAGGGAACUUGUUUUUUGAAAACGAACAGAAAGUCAAAUACUUGCAUGAUGUUUUUAUAAUAAAUGCAGGUAGGUUAAGGAUUUUGUAUUAAUAUUUUCUUUUCUUUUUUACAAUUUGAGAAUCUACAUUAUCUGAGAUGUGCUUUGAUAUCUUGAUGUUAGUUUGUCUCCGAUGUUUUUUGUGAUUGAGGUCAGGUAGCUACAGAGAAGGGAAGCAAGGCAAGUUAGCAUUGUAUGAAAAUUCAUAUGAUGUUAUUUAGCUUUGAGGAUUGUAAAGGGCCAUUUAUCUAAAGGAAAAUGACGGUGUUAAGCUUAAAGAUUAUAUGCCUUUCUAUAGUGGCACCUUUUUCUGUUCAGUGUUUAAUAAUCUUUUUUACGACAGUCCUGCAGUUCAGGUUUAAUUGAUUUUGUUGCAGCCUUAAGCAGGGAUAUGUGCUAUUGUUCGACCCUAAGUAAAACAUUCGACACAGGUAGACCGAAAGUCCUUUAGACAUGUAACAUGGACAAGUACUUAAAUCAGAAGCUUUGAGAGAACAACACUUGUAUACGUUUUGUAGUUUUCAUCAUUUACAUGCACAGUUCUCGGUAGUGGACUCAGACUUUUGGACCCCACUGUAUUCGAAAUUGAUCUUAAAGUAUAAAACUGUAAAUAUGUCUGUGUGUAUGUAUAUGUAUAAGUUUAAUGUAUAUAUUUUGUAAAUCAUCUACAAUUGCUUUUCUAUAUUUCGUUCCUGAUGUUUGAACUAAACUGCAAUGGAAUAUGCUGUUUUUUUACCAAUGAUGUUUGGAAAGUUACGAAAAAUUAAAUGAGUAUCAAGGA